ACACGCGCUAAGCCUGUCCCAGUAAGUGCUUCAAAAUUUACUCGCCAACCACUUUCGACGCCUCCAGGGCGUUCAAGCUGGAGGAGGAUUUCGUCGGCGGCUGCAUGACAAUGUCGAUGUACUCGACGACGGAUAAAAUGAAAAUGUCAGCGCCCAGUUGUUUUCCAGGACGCUACAGUCCCUCCUAUCGAAGUUCGGAGCAAAUGCGGCGCUGCAUGCCAAAUCCAUCUAGUCGAUUGUUAGAAGAUGCUUCCCUAUUAUGCAAUUCGUGGUCAGCACGUCAGAAUGGUGAUAUCUUCGCGGGCAUCAACGACGGCAUCCUGAGCCGAGCGGAGGCCCUGGCCGCCGUCGACAUCCAGAAGCAUCAAGCCCAGCAUGUACAUAGCCAAAUGCCCUCCCAAAUCAAGCAUGAUGUCAUGUACCACCACCACACAAUGAGCGGGCCCCCGCAACGUCCACUGCAGAUGCACCAUUCAAUGGACCAGCUGGACAUGCUGGAUCCAACGGGCUCGAUGACCACAUUGGCGCCCAUUUCGGAGUCACCACUAACGCCCACACAUCAGCACCUGCACGGUUCCUAUCACAGCAUGAAUCACAUGAUGAGCCACCACCAUCCGGGCACGUUAAGUGGCCACACGGGGGGUCACCAUGGACACUCAGCGGUACAUCAUCCUGUCAUCACGGCGGCAGUGGCGGCCGCUGGCCUGCAUCCCGACACCGACACCGAUCCCCGAGAGCUCGAAGCGUUUGCGGAGCGCUUCAAGCAGCGGCGCAUCAAGCUGGGUGUGACGCAGGCCGACGUGGGCAAGGCCCUGGCCAAUCUCAAGUUACCUGGCGUCGGCGCACUGUCGCAGAGCACGAUCUGUCGGUUCGAGAGCCUGACGCUGUCGCACAACAACAUGAUCGCCUUGAAGCCCAUCCUGCAAGCGUGGCUCGAGGAGGCCGAGGCGCAGGCGAAAAACAAGAGGCGCGACCCGGACGCGCCCAGCGUGCUGCCGGCGGGCGAGAAGAAAAGGACUUCCAUUGCGGCACCUGAAAAGCGUUCCCUGGAAGCUUACUUCGCCGUCCAGCCGAGGCCGUCCGGUGAGAAAAUCGCAGCCAUUGCCGAAAAGCUGGAUUUGAAGAAAAACGUGGUGCGCGUCUGGUUCUGCAAUCAACGUCAAAAACAAUUAGGUAUAGUUAGUAGUGUAACACCAACAAUGACUGGCCACGGUUCGGCGGGAUUCGGAUACUGAUAGUCGUUUAUGACGGCAGCGGCGGCGGUUAACACGGCGGCGGCAUCAGCAGC